UUGAGAGGGAUUUACUCUGCACCUUUGUUGUGCAUCUGCUGUGGGGGGAGAGUGUCAGCCUUUAACAUUUAGAAAUCAAACCAGUUUGCUGAAAGUUGUCCUGCAUGUCAGCCCUGAAAGAAAAAGAGGGACGGGACUGCAGCGUGUUGCGUCUGGUCUAUACAGAGGUAAUGAAGUGAAUUGCGUCAGUGGCGCAUGCAGGGCAGGCUUGAAAGUGCGCCUGAUCUGGCCAGGCGGAUGAAAGUAGAGGCGCACUGUGGGGAGAGAGGAAAAAGUUCUCAGCAAGGAGAGGCAGGACUACUCUUACGGAGCCCCUGCAGUCUCACUUUUUUAUGCCUCGACAAGACUUUCCCUGCCACCCCUUUGCAUUUUGGCUCCGCAAAACCGCUUUUACGCUUCCGAGAGAGAAAUCCUACUUUUUCACUAAAGUGAAAGCACCAGCACCAUGGAGCUGCUCUGCCUCGAAAUGGACACCAUCAUAAGAGCUCGUCCCGAUCCGAACCUCCUGUGCGAUGACAGAGUCCUGCAGAGCUUGUUGACCAUAGAGGAGAGGUUUCUACCCCAAUAUUCCUAUUUCAAAGGCGUCCAGAAAGAUAUCCAGCCGUUUAUGAGGAGGAUGGUCGCGACUUGGAUGUUGGAGGUUUGUGAGGAGCAGAAGUGCGAGGAAGAAGUUUUUCCCUUGGCCAUGAACUACUUAGACAGAUUUUUAGCCGUGGUACCCACCAAAAAGUGUAACCUGCAGCUGCUGGGAGCAGUGUGCAUGUUUCUUGCAUCCAAAUUGAAAGAGACUCGUCCAUUAACUGCAGAGAAGCUUUGCAUCUACACAGAUAACUCCAUCAGACCACAAGAGCUGCUGGAAUGGGAACUGGUGGUGUUGGGGAAGUUGAAGUGGAACCUGGCAGCAGUAACACCGAACGACUUCAUCGAGCACAUUGUAAGGAGGCUGCCGCUGCCUGAGGAUAAGCUGGCACUUAUACGCAAACAUGUCCAGACCUUCAUCGCCCUCUGCGCCACAGAUUUCAGAUUCGCCAUGUACCCUCCCUCCAUGAUUGCCACAGGAAGUGUGGGGGCAGCAAUCUGCGGCCUACAGCUGGACUCAACCGACCAGUCACAGUGGGGCGACAGUCUGACAGACCUGCUGGCCAAAAUCACAAACACAGAAGUGGAUGUUCUCAAAGAGUGCCAGGAGCAGAUCGAGCGCGUGUUGGUGAGCAGCCUGCGCGAGGGCCGGCAGCAGCAGCAGCAGCAGCAGCAGACGCAGAGGGGCCCCAGCGGGAAAGGCCUGGACGAGCUGGACCAAUCCUCCACCCCGACAGACGUCCGCGAUGUCAACUUGUGAACCACCAGAAGAGGGGCAUCAUUGCACAGGAUUUUACAAAAGAAAAAAAAAAGCAUCAUGAAAAAAACCUCAAUUUUCUUAAAAGCAGAAAAAAAGAACAAAAAGAACAAAAAAUGUUAAAAACACAAGCCCUUUAAACAAAAAAGAACAAUGCUUGCUAGUUUUUUUGUGUAGAUUUUCUGUUCUUCAAGUCAAAAGAAACAAAAAAACAAACCUGCCCACGAAAUAGAUUUUCUAUGAUGUUCUAGUCUAAAAGCGACAAAUUUGAUACGAUGAAGCUCUGUGGUGCCUUGGAUAUACAGAAGGGAAGCCAAUCAUAUUUGCAUUCUGCCUCUGAUUGUAUAGUAUGUCCUUUAAGUUAUAUUUUAACCAUAGCUUGAUGACGAGGCUGUUAUGGUAGAAAUUGUGGAAACCAUUCAGAAAAAUGCAUACAUGGGAUCACACUGGGGCUUCAGUUUGUUUCCUCCUCUGUUUUGUUUAAUAUGAGUAUUAUCACCGUUACAUCCAUGGACGUGCUCGAGCACCACGAGGGUCCACGUGUGUGUCGAGGACGAGACAGACAGUGGAAGCCGUGAGAACAUUGUGCUAUAAGUUGGUGGGUCCCAUUUCCACAGAAGAGACAGAAUGAUAAUAAUUAUUAGUAGUAUUAGUAAUUAUUAUUAUUAUUAUUAAUAUUAUUAUUAGAAUAUUUUGGAACUGAGUAGUAGAGAUCAAUAAGCUCCUUUUGUCAGGCUGCUUGUGUGUGUCAGUUUGUGGGUGCAGUGUGCAAGUGAGUCUGCCAGCUUGCAUGCGCGCCUGUGCGUGUCUGUGUGUAUGUGCAUGUCUGUGUGUGUGUGUGUGUGUGCAUGCGUGGUGUGAAUGCUACGUGUGAUCCUGUAUCUAUAUUAGCAGUGUGCAUUCUAUGGCAUGAGGCACUUGUUGCAAAAGUCAAGUCGUAGACCUACGUUCUAUAUUAAAAGACUAUGGAGCAAGCAGAGGCUACACAUAAUACUUUGUCCAUCAGUAUAACAGGGCAUCUAAGCUAUAUCACUGCCUCCAUGCAUUAACAAUGUCUCAUGGUUUCGUUGUUGGCCAACAAUAAACUCAUGUGCAUGGACUAAGAAUGAGAGAGUUAAGCGAAGGGACUUUGUCUUGGAGCCCCUUACCUUUCUAAAAGCAUUUUUCCAGACUCAGAGGUCACGUGAGGUGUUUGUUAAUUACUGCCAUUCUGUUAAUGAAAUAUUGCAGAUACUUCAUUCUUUUUCACAUUGUUACGAUAUAGUGUUUCCUUAGUUGUGAAAGGCUUCGAGUCUGGACAGAGUAGUAAAGACCUCUCACGUGUGCCGGCGUGUAUGGCUCACGUGAAAACCGGAGAGGACGAUGUCUUGAAGAAAGUAAGGCUUUGCUUUUUAAAGUCUGGAGGAUGUCAGGCUCCUCUGUAUUUGUUAGUAGGGUGGGGACAGGGUGCGGCGUGGAAAGGAUUAGAAGGACAGGGACAACAAGAAGUCACUGUGGAAGCACAGGAUGGUAGGAUAGAGAGGAUCUGAGUGGUGCAGGCGCAUGCUGCUGUGUAGGAGGUGAGGAUGAUUUACAGCCAGUGGCUGGAAUAUGUAACAAACAAAAAGAUGGCCAAAGGCCUCAUGAUAAAACGUUGACACCUGCCAUCUGACAUAUUUGGAUGGAAUCAACAUUAACUUCUCAGAAUGGAUGUCUACAAUGACUCAGCUAAGUGAAAAGAAGCGUUCUGGCUUUCCAUUUGCAUGGAAAUGAAAUGAGGAACUAAGACUGUACAGUGCCAGAUCAUGUGAGCAUGAACUUUCUUGGGGGGUGGGGUUAGAGGAGUACAGGUUGAUGAUAUACUGUCAAUGCAUCUGGAGUCCCACAUAGGGUUGUUUUCAGCUCCCCUAUAUGAUUUCAAUGGCAAAGCACUUUGAGAACAUGCUCCCCAGGAGAUAAGUAAAAUGAAAUGCGUCGGGUGGUGAUUGGAGGUGAAUGGAUGUUUUCUUUUCUUUUUUUCUUUUUUUUUUUCCUUGUUAGCCUUUUCUUUGGUUUACUUUGUAGGGCUGGUUUCCCAAUCAUCAGACAUACCCUUGUCAAGCAAGAGUCACAUUAAUAACAAAGGCUUUCCACAACUUACGACGAGAGGACAUUCCGAGUGAAGAAAAAAAAACAUUCCUGUUCAAGCAAAGUGCAAGUUGAUGGGGAGAGUUUGAAUGAAUCGCAAACGCCAAUAUGAAUUGAAAAAAAAAAAAAAAAAAAAACGCCUACACACAGAGUUCACUGAUCCAUGGGUUCUGUUUGAUUUUCUUUUAUAUUGUCAAGAAAUGAAUUUUUUUUGUUUUUACUUGAAUUUUUUUUCAUAUUUAUCUGCAUCACAGCCACAGAUAGUCACACAGGGCAGCAAGGAGCUCCGAUAAGGUGGUCGUAACAUCCGACAUUUGCACAAGUUCUCCAGAGGGCACUGGGGUUUGCAUUUUUUGAGACAGAGCAGAGCCUUUGUUUGAAACCACCUUAACCGAUGUGUGUUGCAGUGGUUGGUCAGUUUUCUAUGGUGCUGGCUUGUGGAGUUCAGUGUCUGUCAGUGAACACAUGUGUCCCCUGUGAGCUUUGCUGCUUCAAAUCAUUGGCAAGGGGGGUUCAUCAGUCAGACAGACAUCAGCACAAAACAAGAGAUGGAUGAUUUUUUUUGUUUUGUUUUGUUUUCAUGGGACACGUUGCUUUCCCACAGCAAGGUGUCUUCGACUUAAUGCUUGAGUUGUUUUUUUUUUUUUUCAUGUGACUUUGCUGCGUGUGUGUUUUGUCAGACUGAAGAAAAAUGUGGGGAUCUGUAAUGUCUGAGUGAUGUUUUUCAGUAAAACUGGGCAAUUUAAUGACACAUGUUGCCAAAACAUCCCCGUCUGAAUCUUUGAUACGACCCCUUCAUUUUUUGCCUCUGUUUGCCUGAUGUAAGCUCUCUCCCAAACUUAAUGGUUGUGAUUUUUCUUUCCUGCAAUUUAUUGUUGCAUGUGUUAUAUAUUGAGACCACCUUUUCAAUUUGUGUUUGAUAUAUUUUAUGGGGUGACCAGACCCGCAAAAGGGUUUUUCUAAGAUUUAGAGAUACUGUAUUCCAAAGUGAAGAGAGGACAGAGGAGGAGGUGUGAAGACAUCAAGAAAAAAGUGUCAAUAUUUUUAUUGAGUUAUUGUUGUCUUUUUGCGCUGCUAAAAGCUAUGAAUUUGUUUCAUUUAUACAAAAAAAUAACAUUACCUAGUUGUGAUGUGUCACUUGAGUGUGCUGCUAUUUUAUAAACAUUUGUAUUAUAAUAUAAUUAUUUUACUGCUUAAGAGAUACAUUCAGAAAAAAAAAACGAAGUAGAUGGUGAUAGAAGAACAUGAAAUGAGUAUUCGACUGGAAAUGUUCUUUGUACAGUUUGACAGUUUGCUUAGAUAGCAUGUCUCCUUUCCCCCUUUUUUUUAAAUCUAUUUUGCUCUCCUUCUUCAGUCACAUUCUGCAUCAGUGGUAUUUCCUAUACCUCAGGAUUACUGGACAAACAGAAAAACAUACACAAAAAUCCAUCGCCUAUACCUCUGCAGUUAGGGAGCCCAGAAACGGAGGAGAAAGAAUACAGUGGGGAGGGGGAGGGGGGAGAGUAAAGCAACGACAAAUUAGCAUUUUUGUGGAUGAUUCUCGCUGUUUUAGAGGGGAAACAACUUGCUCAGUGAGAUGGGAGACAGGAAAUAUGCAAGGCUUCCACUUGGACUUAAACCUAUUUUGGAGGAGGGGGGGUACGACACAUCAACUUUGCAGUGCCCAUCUCUCCGAGGGGGGUUUGUUCCGUAGAUAGUUCAAGCAUGUUCAUUUCUGUUCAUGUUGGUGCUACAUCUUGCCUGCGUGCGAGAGAGAGAGAGCAAGCGAGGGAAAAACAGCAUUCCUAUGAUGGCCAAAGUACAGUUCUUGCUUUACACAAACACAAUCGCUCUGAACGUCAGUGAACAUGGAUUCUUGUAUGUGUUUAAAGAUAUGCUUUGGUCUGAAUUAAUCUGUCUGUGCACCAUUGGAACUGCCACAGAGUAAUGGGCUGAGCUACACCUGGCAGGUCCAACCAUAAAUAUUCUGAUAUCUGGAAGUUUCAAUGGUGCAGAUUUCCCUUUUGGGUCCCCCCCCCCCUCCACUAUAACUCAUGUCAUGUACCUCAAAUGUCUGUUGCACAACCUCUGUUCAAUAAACUUCUGCUUUAAAGGGUGUGACACCACAUCAGCUCA